AUGGCGACACAAACUCUCCAGAAUGAAGAGUUUAGAAAACAAAGUCUCUAUAUCAAUGAAACCCUUAGGCAGCUAAACAAUGUGGUUGAGUCCCUAGCGACUCACAAUAAGGCAAUGGAGACUCAAAUCUCCCUGCUUUCACAGACACCUCUAAAACCCUUCCCUGAGAAACAUAUGGAUGUUGUAACAACCACCAGUGAAAAAUCUAUCGAAAAUCCUAAGGAAAACGAUAAAGAGGAGGGUUCAGGUGAGAAAAGAGUAGAGAUUGAGAAAGAUCCACCGACAUCACCCAAAAGGGAGGUUGUCGAAGAGGUAAAUAAGGAAGCAUUCUGUGUUUUUCCUCCUCCUUAUAAAUCACGGAUCCCUUUCCCGCAAAGGUCUGUGGAAGUUAAGGUAGACUCUAAAUCCGAAAGGUAUGAGGAGCUAUUGGAAAAUAUCCACACCAAUGCACCUUUGUUUGAGAUCCUGAAUAAGAAGAGAAAAUUAGAAGACCAUGAAACUAGGGAACUCAUUAGUAUUAAGAGAGGAAAGUUAGACUUUGAGGUAGUGGAUCAAAAAAUUGAACCUAAACCUAAAAAUCUAGUUCUCAGGGUAGAGCCAGAACCAUCACCACAAUUUUAG